GCAGAGAUGGGAGGAGAAUAGAAAAACAGUUAGACUGUACAGAUAGAGAAGAGACCGUUCAAACUCAUUCCAGAAAGAGAGACGGGCAAACGCAGCCCUGGAUGGAUUAACAGAUGGGUUAAUCGAAAGAUUUUCACACACACACCAAGUGCUCCUCACAGUACAGUGGCACCGUCUGAAAGCCUUUAACAGGGAAAGUUAAGAGCUUCACAUUCUUCAACAAGCUAGUGUUCUCAUGAUCGGAGAGCACGGGAUCAUUCCUAGCUUUUGAGUAUGGAAUCACAUUUGACAUUGGAAUAGAUGGGAAAAAAAGAAAACAAUAAAAGGUUGUGGAUUGUUGAAUUAUAAAUGUAUUGAUAACCUUUAUCGCUAAGUGCUGUUCACUUAAAGAUAACAGAAUAUGCUGGAUGGUUUUAGAAUGGAAGGAGGCACGUCAAAUCAAACAUCUCUUUCAUCAUUACUUGAUGUAAAUCGGAAAGCUGUGUGUGAAGGCUGCCAGAGAGUGAUCUAUGAUAAAUUUCUGCUGAGAGUUAAUGACAGUUUCUGGCACGAACAAUGUGUUCAUUGUACAGCUUGCAGAGAACCACUAAAAAACACUUGUUUUCUUAGAGAGAAAAAGAUUUACUGCAAACACGACUACGAAAAAUUGUUUGCAGUGAAGUGCAGUGGUUGUUUGGAGCUGAUCACCCCUGCAGAGUUUGUGAUGCGGGCACAGAAGAGUGUGUAUCACCUGCACUGCUUCUGCUGUUGUGUGUGUGAGCGGCGGCUGCAGAAAGGAGACGAGUUUCUGCUAAAGGAGGGGCAGCUGCUGUGUAGGAGUGACUAUGACAAGGAGCGAGAGCUACUGAGUCUCGUCAGCCCAGCAGCUUCUGACUCAGAUAAAAUUGAAGAGGAAGAGAACACUGGGAAGCCUGGCAAUGCAGGGAAAGUAGGGGAAGACAGAGAUCACAAGCGACCUAAACGCCCACGAACUAUCCUUACAACCCAGCAGAGACGGGCGUUCAAAGCUUCUUUUGAUGUCUCCUCUAAACCUUGUAGAAAGGUAAGAGAGACACUGGCAGCAGAUACUGGACUAAGCGUUCGAGUGGUACAAGUUUGGUUUCAAAAUCAAAGGGCUAAGAUUAAGAAACUUGUCAGACGUCAACAGCAACAACAGCAGCAGCAGCAAGAUCCCUACAACCUCCAAAGACUGCAUUCAGUUUCAACGAUGGAAGGUAUCAGUCCUGACCUAGAUGGUGUGCACCCAUAUUCACGUCUGCACCAGCAGCAGAUUACAGCUAUGGAACAGGCCUUGUACAAAGUGGACCCUUUUCGGCAGGGACUAACGCCACCACAAAUGCCUGGGGAUCACAUGCUCCCAUAUGAUAAUGAAUCCCUGUUCCAUGAAAUAGACAGCGACACGUCAGUCAGUAACCUGGGAGACUGUCUUCUCUCCACGUCCGAAGCUGGACCCGGAGUGCUGAAUCCCAUUGACCGGCUCUAUUCCAUGCAGGACUCUUAUUUUGCCUCAUGAGCUCUUCAUUUGAAGCAUUUCUCAAGACCAACCCAAAACCUAGGUUACGACAACUUAGAUUACAGAACGUGAAUACUUUUAAUGAAUAGAUUUACAACCAGGAUUUACAGUAUGUAAAUGUGCAGUACAAGAUCUGAAAUUGCUAUUUAUGUUUCAUGUUAUUUAUUAUAUGGAGAAUCAUAUUGGAUAUGAAUGUAAUAAUGUUAUAUUGCCUGGAAUGCAAUACAAACCAUUAUAUUGCAAUGUUGUUGUUGUCUAAAUGUUAAAUUACAACAUCUUAAAAUACUUUAACAAAGAAUGCUUUUUCAUAAACCAACAUGUUUGCUUUAUGAGUUACAGCACAGAAGACAUAGCUAUCUUCUAAUAUGCACAAAAUGUUAUACUAUUUAUGCACUUGUAAAGUAAAGUAUCUAUAUAUUUAACUUAAUUGACAUUAGUGUAUUAUAGCACUGUUGUAUUAAGCCCCCAUUAAAGUCAAGGGGUGUUGAAAAAAUACAUGAACUUCUUGGGGUCCUUGUGACACUGAAACUAUAGACUACAAAGACAUCCAUCAUAAAACCAUUUUAUAAAAAUCCCAACCGCAGAAUAAACAUCUGUGAGGAGAGGAACAUAUCCAUAUAAAUUAACAGGAAUAGAUGUGUUCCUGACAUUCCACUGAAAUUCAUGAGAAUCUUUUUAGUAUCCCCAAAAAUGUAUAUUAUAUACAAGCAAUUCUAUCUGAUAUAUGCAUAUGGAACAGUAUUCCAUUUGAACCAGAUAGCUAUUUUAAAGUGUUAAGGGGAGGUCUCAUUGAAUGAGGUUUUCUGAACCAGUUCUAUGAGCCAGGUGACCUUUUAACAGUGGGCAAAUUAUGUCUUGUGCUGCAACCUAUACAGCAGGUGGCUGUCUGAAGAGAAAGAGUCAGUCACAGUUGGAGAGGCAUUAUUGGAUCAGGCCCUGUCAUUCAAAGUAACUUAACACCAAUUUAAUAAUGUAGCAAGCAACAGCGUGUGACAAGUGUUCAGGCAGAAAGAUGUGAGGAUGCUGUCAGUAGCUGAGGCCUGGAUAGGAAGAACAAGGACAAGAGUCUGUGCUGGUACCGAGGUUAUAUAAAAAAAAACAAAAGAGCUUGGAAAUUAAUAAGAAAAAUGGUUUAAUGACCUACCCAAUCUGACCUUUAAAAGGCAUUUUUAAGUGACCAUCAUUUCAAUUCCUUUAAAAAAAAAAGUACAGUACAGUAUUAUGAAAUGUAAAUAUGAAAAUGUGUAUGUGUCUGUGUGUGUGUGCGUGUGUCUGUGUGUGUGUGCGUGUGUCCUUGAUAUGCCAUGGUUGUUGCUUGGUUAAACACACCCAUUAUAAUACCAAUCGAGCAUUAUCACUGAAUGUUCUCUACAGAACAAAAUGUUGUUGUGUACAGUAUGUCUUGAGGUAUGUGGCAAAACUAAAAUACAGUUCUA